AUGACAAGCAGUAUUGCCAACCUCAACUCCAUUGUUUCAAUUGAAAAGGACCUAGGCAGUUUGAAAGCCCGGGAGCGGCGGGGGCCCAGCCUCGGCGGUUUUCCUUCUGACGGGAUGUUGCCCACCACCAGCAAGGGCAGCGCCAAGGGGGCCAGGAGUAGCGGCUAUCGGAGUUACUCGUUUUUGCCUCAGUACCUGCGAAGAAUUGUCAAAUGGCGGCAGAUGGACAUUGAGUAUACCUUCUGGCAAAUGCUGCACCUGUGCAUAUCGCCAAAAAUUGUCUACCAACAUACAAAAUACCACAAGCAGACGAAGAAUCAGUGGGCGCGCGACGACCCUGCGUUUGUAGUGAUCUGCUGCCUGCUGCUCGCUGUCGCUGCGGGUGCCUUCUGCGCAGCCUAUGGCAGCAGCCCCGCGCAGGCGGCUGUGACUAUUGUCUCGGUGGUGUUUGUGGACUUCCUCCUCUUUGGCAUCAUCGUGGCCACAGCCUGCUGGUUCCUGGCCAACCAGUACUUGCGGGAAGAGGCGGCGGCGCACACGCACGUGGUAGAGCAACGCGUCGAGUGGCUGUAUGCCUUUGACGUCCACUGCAACUCCUACUUCCCGCUCUUCGUCCAGCUGUACGUGGUGCAGUACUUCCUGUCCCCGCUCCUGCUCGCGCAUGGCUUCUUGCCCGCGCUGCUCUCGUCGGCGCUGUAUGCGGCAGCCCUGAGCCACUACCACUACGUCAACUUCUUGGGAUAUGAUGUCCUGCCGUUCCUGGAGCGCACCACCUUCUUCUUGUACCCGAUCGGUGCCAUCUGGCUGGCCUUCCCCAUCGGUAUCUGUGCUCACUGGCUUCAACCCGACACGGUUUGCCAUGAGCUUUUACUUUGGUUAAAGCCACAUCGGCUUGACAAACAAAGCGGGUUUGUUCCGAAGCGGUCGCAGUGUUGGAAAAACAACCAACUCGUCGGAAGGUGGAACUA